CUCUUUCUCUUUCUCACUCUUUCUCUCUCUCUCUCUCUCCCUCUUUCAAAAUUUCCAGCGGAUAUUAUCGAAAUUAAAAAAGUUCUGGAUGGAGAGGUUUUUCUCGCAAAGUGACUGCAUUAGCAAACCAUCCGAAACGUUUUGCGAUGACAACCAAUUCAAAGGAUGUUGUAUGCCAUUGCAAAAAAUUCAAUCCCCGUGCACACCAAUCAUAACCUUAGCAACUAAAACGAAAUGUGUUACGUUGCGACUCAUUAUUACAUUCAUUUUAUUAAUUUUAAUAAUGGCUUGCAUUUAUCGAAUAUCAGGACAAAAUUUACCACGUUUGUCGUAUCGACGAAGGAUUGAAGAAAACCCACGUUUGGGUGAAACUUCGAUUCCAAAUCCGAAUCCAACUUUGAAUCCAAACUCAAAACCACAUUCUGAUGAAACCGAUGAGACACAGGAAACUCUUACUAAUCUUGAGAAAACUGAAGAUACAAAUGUGGAUAAAUGAAAUUUACGACUCAUUGUAAAAACAAAGUAGAAAAUUUACACAGGAUAUAUUAUCGGUGAGUUAUUAUACUACUCGUUUUUAAUUACAUUUUAAUGAAAUCUUUUUUUCAUAUCAAUAAAACGUAUAAGAUCAUGUUGUUUUAACUAUUAGUUUUCCAUCCAUCUACACUUUUUACAUUAUCUUUGUAAAAAUAUUGAAAGAAAGAUAGACCAGUAUUAUUAAGAUAACGUACAUAUACCUAGGUAUUACAUUACAUAUACAGAUAUAUGUAUAAACGUAUGAACGACAAUAUCGAUACAUUGAUAUUGGGAUUGGAAAAUUUUAUCUCUAAACGUUCGAAGAGAGCACGAUGAAAGAAAGAACCUCAAACUGAAGUUUAUUUUUAUUUAGAACAUAUGCACGUGAAAAUUUACUAAUAUGCAAAAGUAUUCUAUCGUACUAUGUGUAAAUUUAAAGAAAAAAAAAAAAAAAAAGAAAGAAA